CCUCGUUCCGGAAGAACCCGAAGCGCGUUCGGCGCCCGCCCGAGCCCCCUCCGGAAAAGCCCGAAGGGCGCCGGCGGUAGCGGCGGCGCGAAGCCUCCAGCGCGCCGUCACCGCCCCCUUCCGGAAAGCUCCGAAGCCCCUUCCGGAAAGCUCCGAAGCGCUUCCGGAAGUUACCGAGCGGCGCCGGCCGUUGCCGACCCCCCCUUUCCCCCCCCCCGUGUCCGUCUCCGUCUGUGCUCCCGGUGCCGCCUCCCGGUGCCGCCGCCGGUGCCGCCUUUUUUUCCCCCCUUUCCCCCCUCCCAGCCCCCUCCCUGCUGAGCCGCUGGGGGGGGCCGCAGCUCGGCUCCCCGCCGCUGCCCCCGGGCCCGGCCCGGCCCCCCUGCCCCCUUCCCCCCCCUCCACACGCCCCCGGGGCGGCCCGUGGCGGCGGCGGCGGCGGCAGCGGCCCGGUGCGGCCCGGUUCGGCCCGGCAGGAUGAUCAAGCUCUUCUCGUUGAAGCAGCAGAAGAAGGAGGAGGAAUCGGCCGGCGGCACCAAGGGCACCAGUAAAAAGGCCUCGGCCGCCCAGCUCCGUAUCCAGAAAGACAUCAACGAGCUGAACCUGCCCAAGACGUGCGAGAUCGACUUCUCCGACCAGGACGACCUGCUGCAUUUCCGCCUUCUCAUCUGCCCCGACGAGGGCUUCUACAAGGGUGGGAAAUUCGUCUUCAGUUUUAAGGUUGGCCAGGGGUAUCCCCACGACCCACCGAAGGUGAAGUGCGAGACGAUGGUCUAUCAUCCCAACAUCGACCUGGAGGGCAACGUCUGUCUCAACAUCCUCAGAGAGGACUGGAAGCCUGUCCUGACGAUAAACUCCAUCAUCUACGGCCUGCAGUACCUGUUCCUGGAGCCGAACCCUGAGGACCCGCUGAACAAGGAGGCGGCCGAAGUGCUGCAGAGCAACCGGCGCCUCUUCGAGCAGAACGUGCAGCGCUCGCUGCGUGGCGGCUACGUCGGCGCUACCUACUUCGAGCGCUGCCUCAAGUAGCCCUCGGCUGCCCAGUCCGCCCAGUCCGGGCGCCCCCUGGGCCGCCCCCGCCCCCGCCCCCCCGCUAUUUAUUGCCCCCCCGGGGGCGGGGGGGGGCCCCCCUCCCCGCGCCCCCCCUUCCCCGGGGCUGUUCGCGAGCGCGGAGGGUAAUUAAAGGGCGACGGUAACGAGCGGCGGCUCCCCCCCCCACA